UUGGAUCCCUAAUUUUGAAACAGCAGCUGUACACCAUCUGCCAGUGUUUUAGGUUUGUGUAUCACUGUCAACCAGUGUUUCUGUUAGCUUUCGGUUGACAUAAUGCUCUGUAAAACUUUAACAAGCCCACACUGUUCCAGAUAGAUAGAGGACAUUCAGCGUUAAGGAGAUUAAUUGUUGAUCCGUGAAGAGCAGGACCUUGAAUUAGCAUGCGGUUGGCUGCCAUGGUGAUGGGAGCCUGCUAUUCCAGAGUUCUCCACAAUGUUGACAUUGAACCAGAAGGAUUGUUUUUAAGUGGACACACAACCCCAAACACGUAAACGCAUUUUUUUAAUAAAUGAACGAUAAGAGUGACGCACGCUUAUGAGCAGCGGAUGCGAUAAACAAAUGUGGAGACGUCCAUUACUUCGGAGCGGAAACAGAUUUGUAACGGGAGGGGAACUUAAUUGGGAGUUAAACCUUUGCGUCAACACCAACAGUUGACCACUUGCACCAGUAAAUAUGCAGAGUCCCAAUGCGAGUAAAGUUACAGAAACUCUCGGAGAGAAAGCAGGACACUCUUCUCAUAAGAUGUCAGAGGGAAAACACAUCUCUAAGAAAAUGAUAACAAAUAAAAAGGUUGGUGGGUGGCCCAGUUGCUCUUCCAAAUGCAAGACAGGAAAAGCUGGCUCCCAGAUACCAAGCGGCAAGGACGCGACUCAUUUGUAUGACCCAUCCAGCGGUGAUGUCCCUGCUACUUCUACUGAUCUCCAGACAACCAGUCAAAGUCAGCAAGGUUUUCCAGACAAAGUCUUCCUGCUGGCAUCAGUCAUCUUCCAGAAUAACCACCUGGAGAAGCCUGCUAACCAUCAACUGGUGAAUUAUGGCAAAAAGAGAGGGCUCCCAAUACCUGAAGUCAAAGAUGAGGAGAUGCAACGUAAAGCGUACGAACUGGCCUUCAGUACACUUACAUAUCAAGAACUGCUGGAGGACAUCAUGAUGGAUAGCCGCCUUUACCUCACUCAGCCCAUGCCAGAUGAUCAGAUGAGCCUUGUUGCUGUCAUGCUCUAUGACUUCCAGGACAGAAAGUUUCUCCCAUGGGAACACCUUGGCAAGGAGGAGAUCAUAGAAGAAGUUGAAGAAGUAGAGAACUACCUUCUCAAGUUUAAAACCAGGCUAGCAGCCUCUCUGGCCCGCUGCAGGAUCAAACAUGAUCUCUUGUCUAUUUCAUGUAUCCUGCCUGAGAGUGUGAAGGUGAAGCAGAAGAGAUCAAGCAGCCUCCCGCUUUACGCAUGGGUCAAUGCGCUGAAGAGCAGCCUUGAUGAGGUCCAAGGUGGGCUGAAGAGUGCAGGCUUCUCACAGGUGAAAUCGAUUGGGCAGCUGGAGGGCCAGACCUUCUGCCAGGAUCCCCACUGUGGGGAUAUACUGGUAUUCCCUGCUCAGCUGAAGGCUCAGCUGCACUCCACCAAGCUGCUUAGCGACCACAAACUCAUCAUCCAGGAUAAAUCUUGCUGCCUGGGUCCAUAUGCGGUAUGUGCACUGCUCCCAGAGGAGGGAGAUGUUCUUAUAGUGGGCUGCUUCUCUGCCCGCACUGUCUCCCACACUGCCUCCCUAAUUGCAGAGAAACAAAGAGCCAACUGCAAUGGCCAGCCCACAGUCUACGUUUGUGUGAGCAAUUGUACAGACACUCAGAGGGAGGAGCUACAGCAGGCCGUGACUGCCAUGGGCUGCAAGAAUGUGAAGCUGAUACAAGAGGACUUCCUGUCUUUGUACGGUGGUGACAAGCGACUUCGGAAGGUUCGCGUUAUCCUUUUGACCCCCAAGUGUUCUGUGUCUGCAGUCAGCAACCCAGUUGAAUUCAUACUGCGAGAGAAUGGAGACACAGACCUGCUGCAGGACUUAUCCCGGGGCUCCAUAGCCCAGAGCAAACUGGAAACUCUGGUAACCCAGCAGAGGAAGGAUAUCGAUCACGCCUUGAAGUUCCCCGGGGUUUCGGCAGUGGUGUACUCUACCUGUUCGUCGUAUCGAGAGGAGAAUGAGGAGGUGGUGAGCAGAGCUCUGAAGCAAGCCAAGGCCCACUCAGAUCAGGAGGGAAAACCAAGAGAAGCUGCAAACUUCAGGCUUAGUCCGUCCCCCUUCAGCCUUCCUGACCAUGCUGAGAACCCCUUCUUCAUGUUAGAGUCCUCAGAAGAGAGCAAUGGCUGUUUUCUGGCUGUUAUCAGCAGAGAGCCUGAGCCAGUGGUUGAAGAGACACCACAAGAAGUGCUCCUCAGGGCAAAUGCCAAAGGCAUACUGGACAGGAUCGGCAACCAGCAACCAACCAGAAAAGAGAAGCGUGGUCAUGCCAGCAGGACGACAAAAACAACCCAUGCUUGCACCUCUCAGCCCCAGCUCUCUGUCAGUAUUCAGUCCAAAAGCGCCAAGAUCAAGGGCAGCAACAGUACUACUGCGUGUGGACAUCAGGAAUUUCCCAACAGGCGGCAGUCAUCAAAAGGAAAGGCCAAAGCUUUGUGCUUGCAAGCCUCAAAGAACGCUGCAUCCCAUUCCUUCUCUUCCUCAAAACAAGAAAGCACCAGCUCUUCCUCCUCCUCCUCUUCUUCUAAACCAGAAAACAUGACACCCAAGAAAAUCAUCACACCUGUGUUCAACAUCACAACUUCCACCCUCACUAUGCAUCCCGCACCUUCUCCUGCUACCCCACGGGCCCCACUUGUACGUCGCCGCAGAGCUCAUCAGGAGGUGCUGAAGCCUACAGUGUUCACCCUGCCUCCUGAUCACUUCCCCAACUUCUUCCCCCCUCAAAACAGCACAAGAGGAUUCUGCCACAGCUUCAAUUACAAGUGGAGACCUGCUCCAGCUGUACACCUCUCUUGCUCCGGUCUCUCCAAAGCUGCUGUGGUAAAACCCCGGCCUCUGUUUUGAGCUCACGAACACAAACACAAGACAAGUGUAAAAGAAGUAUUAACCUUUGUGCCAAAUUCUUACCCGAGUAAAAUCAGUAGUCCUAAAAUGUUUGCCAAAUUACAAAAUGCGAGUCACCUUAAAUGCUUGUAGAGCCAUUACCACUUGUUAUUAUUACAAUGUCUUCAUGUGCCAUAAAGAACAAGCUUACCACAGUCAGAAUUUAAUCAAACUGCAUAUAUUUAUAGGGCUGAGGCAAUGUCAUUUCAGUGUCACUGCAUGAUGAAUAGCUAUUACAUGGGGUUCCACUGACCUGAAAAAUUAAAGGACAUAUUGAGCAAGCUAAUACUA